GGCGUCUACGGACAGCGGCCAUCUGUGGUUUGUACGAGGAAGUACGAUGAUUGGAUUGGUUGAUCGAUUGAUGAUGCAACGGGAAGGGAGAGCUUCCCCCGCCAUCUGCAUCGUUCUCCGUUCUCGUUUCUUAUACUCCGCGUUGUCCUUCUACUUACUUACUUUGUUCGUUCUAGAACGCGAAAGCAAUCAAAUCAUCUCUCGAUUCCUCCGUACUUCCAUCUCGUACUUCGUCCGCCGUCACAGUACUUGAAUUCCUUCUAUCCAUCCAUUCUUUACAACCCACUCUAACCCAUCACAUCUCAAGCAACAAUGUCCCUCGACACCGUCGCCCUCGUCCUCGGCUCCCUCACCGCCGGCGGCGGCACAAUCGGCUACGUCCGCACCGGCUCCAUCCCCUCCAUCGCCGCAGGCCUCACCGUCGGCUCCCUUUACAUCCUGGGCGGCCUCCGCAUCCGUAACCGCAACCCCUACGGCGUGGAGCUCGCGCUCCUGGCGUCCGUCCUGCUGGCCGGAAGCUCGAUUCCCCGCGCCAUCAAGAGCGGGAAGCCGCUGCCUAUGGGGUUGAGUGUUCUCGCGGCGUUGGGACUGUUUGCGUUCGGGAGCGCGUUUGCGAAGGGGGGGAGGAGUGCGGCGUAAGGUUGGAUUUGGGUGGAUGACGGAGGAGAAGCAGGGGGGAAGGAGAGUUGGAAUGGGAUUGCCAUUUUCUUCUUUCCUCUUUUCUUGGGGAGGAUGGAAUUGGGGGGGCAUUGUAGGAUUAUGUAGUGGGAAUGGAAAUGGAAUUGAAUUGAAUCUUUUCUCUUUUUA